AUGGAGGGCCCUAAGACGGACAGCUUCAUCAGCGGCUUCCCUCCCCCGCCAUAUUUCUGGGUAGACUGCAUGCAUUCUGCAUGCACUGAAGAGGAGCAGCAGCAGCAACAGCAGCAGCAGCAACAGCAGCAGCAGCAACAGCAGCAGCAGCAGCAGCAGCAGCACGGCCAUCAUCAUCAUCAUCAUCAUCAUCAUCGUCACCACCACCAUCACCAUCAGCAGCAGCAGCAGGAUCCAGAGCAGCAACCACAGCAGCAGCAGCAGCAGCAACCACAGCAGCAACAGCAUCAGCAGCAGCAGCAACAGCAGCAUCAGCAGCAGCAGCAGCAGCAGUUUUGUCGGCCUCCUCCUCGCUUUAUUGAGGAUUACUUUUCAUCAUUUGGCGUUGUAAAUGCGCUGUCUCCUCCUGAUGUUUGUUUAGAUGAAGAUAGCUGCCUAUACAGUGCAAAUGAAAGCCCUAAGAAGGAGUUUAUUAAGCUGUUUUCUUGUUUUGUUGCUGCAUGCAUGCAGCUGCUAAACGACUUGGCUAUAUGUAGCAAUGAUAUUAGUAAUGACUUAAGAAAAGCCUUACGCAUCUAUAAAAACCUGCUUUAUUUGCUGCUGCUGCUGCGGCAGCAGCAAGCGCAGCAGCAAAUCAUUAAUACACUCAAACUCCAGCUGCGCAAGCGAAGGCAAGCAGCAGAUAAAUUAAAGUUAGCCCUAGUAAACUCUAUUAAAGAUAUGCAUCAUGCGCUGCAGCUUGCUGCUGCUGCUCCCGCUGCUGCUCCUGCUGCUGCUCAUGCUCCUGCUGCUGCUGCUGCUGCUAACACCAGCAGCAGCAGCAGCAGCAGCAGUGGGGAAGCAGCCAGCAGCUCGUAG